UUCAGUCAGAGGGAAGACUCUGAAGGGGACAGUUUCUCUUGGAAAACACUGGGAGUAGAUUCAGUAUGGCUGUAACUGGGGAUGAGACAGAAACAGGCACCUCAGGUGAUUUGACUGCCUGCCAGCUGCACAACUCCAGCUCGAGCCUCCCACAGGGGGAGGCAGAGGCCAGUGGUCGUAGCUCCCAGAAACACUCAGAGUCCAUCGCCAAGAGGGAGCUCCGCUUGAUGAAGAACAGGGAAGCCGCCCGGGAGUGUCGACGAAAGAAGAAGGAAUAUGUCAAAUGCCUCGAAAAUCGCGUGGCUGUGCUCGAAAAUCAAAACAAGACUCUGAUUGAGGAGCUUAGAGCCUUAAAAGACAUCUAUCGACACAAAGUCGAGUGAUUCCUUUGAUUGUGCGCACUGUGUUGGUCUGCUUCUGUGGGGUGUCUUGAGGACUCUGGUCUUGCUUAUACAGACGCAUAAACACACACAAAACAGUCCUUGUCCCUGCUGUAAAAUGUGUUUACACAAUGAUGUCAGUGUUUCUGGCUGUGAAUUACCAAUGCGCCAUCACCAGCAAAAACUUCGUUUCAAGUCGGAGGUUAUUAUCAGUGGAACUUAUGUCCCUUUGAUCAGGGAUUCAGUCAGACGAAACAUAAUAAAAAAGAAGAAAUAUGUAGAAUGACUGGAGGCCCGCGUUUCCGAACUGGAGGAGGAGAAUGCUUGGCUGAAUGCAGAGGUGCAUCUGUGGAUGGAGCUGAUCGUCAAAAUGUGCAGUCCAUAACUGGUACCAAGGCCUUUGCAGUUACCUUCUUAACUGCACUGCAUUUUACAUUUCUUUAUGACGAGUGUUAUAAAUUGGCUCUAUUAAAGUACUAUCAACUAGUAUUCUUUGUGAUGGUUUGUUUUGAUAUGAUUCAGGAAAUGCUGCCAGAAGCCAAAUGUUGAAAAGGAAUCAGGCCAUCAGGGCUUCACUUUGUGUUUUAUUUUACUCCGAAUCAAAAAUUCACACCCACAGCAUCUUAUCACCAACUUAUUUUUAGUAAUUGAUGUGUUCACCUACAAGGAUCUGUUGUGCAUCUGUAUGAGGACUUAUUUGCUUUUGAACUGAGGCAUUAAUAAUUAUUUGGGCAGGUUUACCCUGUAUUUUUCAAAGUUUUGAAUACCAGUGGAUAGUUUGUACCCAGAAAAAAAGUAUUUGUGUAUUUAUCAGUGUACAUUUAGUGAACAAAUACAUGCAUUUGUAGAAUUUAAUUAAAGGUCUAGUGUGUAGGAUUUAGGGGCAUAUAUUGGCAGGAACGGUAUGUAAUAUUCAUAACUAUAUCUUCAUU